AAAAAUUAAAUUUUCUCAGAUUACAGAAAAAACAAUUAUCACAAAAUAAUAACAGUAGUAGUAUUAAUUAUCAAAUCUACAAAAAAGAUUUUCUUUAAUUUUUGCAAGUAGGUGAAAGACAAUAGUCCAGCUGUAACUUCAGUUAUAUUUUUGGUCUAUUUAUCACAUCAGUUUUUGAAGUUGCCAUAGUUCUAACUUCCAAGCACUAAUAUAUUUUUAUUUUUAUUUUUGUUUCUUGUUGGCAUUUUGAAAGGGGUUAUAAAGUGCAAAAAGGGUAAUUUAUUUGGGAUUUUGCUUUCUUGAUCUGAUUCUGCAAAAUUGCAAAAAAGGUGAAAUUUUGGUUCUUGAUUUUUGGUUUUUGACCAGAAAUAUUUGUGUAUGAAAUUUUUAUUUCAGAAAUGGACCAAACAAUUGAGAGGUCACCAAAUGCACAUAGGGGUUUUAGAGUUCAAGCUCCACUGGUUGAUUCAGUAUCAUGCUAUUGCAAGGUUGACUCGGGACUAAAGACGGUUGCAGGGGCAAGAAAGUUUGUCCCAGGAUCGAAAAUUUGCAUCCAGCCGGACAUUAACCCUCACGCACACAAGACUAAAAACUCCCGCAGGGAGAGGUCAAGAGUUCAGCCACCUCUUCUGCCCGGUCUACCAGAUGAUCUUGCAAUUGCUUGUCUAAUACGUGUUCCUCGUGUUGAACACAACAAGCUCCGUUUAGUCUGCAAAAGGUGGUAUCGUCUUCUUGCUGGAAACUUCUUUUACUCUCUCAGAAAGAGUCUUGGAAUGGCUGAGGAAUGGGUAUACGUGAUAAAGAGAGAUCGUGAUGGAAGGAUUUCAUGGCAUGCAUUUGAUCCGACCUACCAAUUGUGGCAACCACUUCCACCUGUUCCGGGGGAAUAUAGUGAAGCUCUUGGAUUUGGUUGUGCUGUUCUUAGUGGUUGCCAUCUCUACUUAUUUGGAGGAAAAGAUCCAAUUAAAGGGUCCAUGCGACGGGUAAUCUUUUAUAGCGCACGAACGAACAAAUGGCACAGGGCACCGGACAUGCUUCGUAAACGUCAUUUCUUUGGUUCUUGUGUAAUCAACAAUUGUCUUUAUGUGGCUGGUGGAGAAUGUGAAGGAAUCCAAAGGACUCUCCGUUCAGCUGAAGUUUACGACCCUAAUAGGAACCGCUGGACCUUUAUUGCUGAUAUGAGCACAGCUAUGGUGCCCUUUAUCGGAGUUGUUUAUAACGGGAAGUGGUUUUUAAAAGGGUUGGGGUCCCACAGAGAAGUUCUAAGUGAAGCUUAUAACCUGGAAACCAAUGCGUGGACCCCGGUUAAUGACGGGAUGGUUGCCGGUUGGCGCAACCCGAGCAUCUCCAUGAACGGUCGCCUUUAUGCUUUGGACUGCCGUGAUGGGUGUAAACUUAGAGUAUAUGAUGAACCCACAGAUUCGUGGAAUAAAUUUAUCGACAGUAAGCUCCAUCAUGGAAGUUCUCGUGCUUUAGAGGCUGCAGCUUUGGUUCCUCUUAAUGGUAAACUUUGUAUAAUUCGUAACAACAUGAGCAUCAGUAUCGUCGAUGUAUCAAGUCCUGAUAAACAAGUGGAAACUAAUCCGCAUCUCUGGGAGAACAUUGCCGGUAAAGGUCACUUCAGAACUCUAUUCACUAAUUUAUGGUCAAGCAUCGCAGGACGAGGAGGGUUGAAAAGUCAUAUUGUGCAUUGUCAAGUGCUACAAGCCUGAGAGUUGGCCAUAAUGUCUAGUAGUCCUUCUUGAUGAGAACUAAGAAUUAGUUCAACCUCGAGAACAAAAUCUUUUCUGUUAAAGCAGUUUUGACGUCACCUCAACAUGGUAUCAUUCUGGUGUAGUGAACCAAAUUGUCGCAUCAUUCAUUUUUCACUUCCUGAUGAUCUUCUGCAGAUAAUGCUCAACCCGGUUUGUGAACCACAUCUGUAUAUGUCAUGUGGAAGUGUUUGGAUUGGCCUUCAAGAGGAGGGCUUUCAGCAUCAACAGCUCAUGCAUGGAUUUCUCCAGUAUUUUCGUACUUCUAAAUGAGUUCAAAUGCAGAGCUGGCUUGCUGAUGAUUUCUGAAGUAGAAAAAUGAGCCUAUUUCUUCGCAUCAUAAAACGACCUGAUAGCUCUAUGUUUUGUGUAUCCUUUUGACCUAUAGUUUUGCACCAAUAGUUUCCCGUCUUAGAAUCCCUUCCCUGGACCCUGCGCAUAGCGGGGAGCUUAGUGCACCGGGCUGCCUUUGUUUUUUUAGUUUCCUGUCUUAGAAUACCAUAUUUUGAACAUAGGUUGGUCAUUGACCUUGAAGGACAUAUAGCUCGAAUCUCUGCUUCUUACCGUCUUCUCUUGCUGCUUUUCAAGAUUUGUACACAAUAUAAUUGGAAAAGGAGUGGCAUUUAACUGCAAUUGUUGGCCGCUGAAGCGGCUUAAGUUCCCUCUAAGCAGCAUUAUGAUCUUGCUGCCCGUGCUGUUGAAUCUGUCGUUCGUGAACAGUUUGAACAGAGUUGCAAUGUCUAUGUCCUAAAGCUUGUGCUUUUUGACGAAAGGUUCUAUGAAGCAGGUAUUGGUAUAUUCAGUGAUUGUGACAUUUUCAAGAUUUUGCAUAACAUGCUGAGUUUUGUAUUCUUGCUUGCAUAGGUUAAUGUAAAAUUUUGAAAGAGUUACAUGAUGCUUUUUCGCAUUAGAAUUCGUGGAAUUUCCUUCUGUGGGAAUGUAGAUGACAUUUGGCUAAAUGUAAUUUCGAAGUUUUUUAUUGAA